GGAAUUAGGAGGUGAAUGCCUAGUAGUUGGAACUUACAGUAGCUGAGAUAACCUCUCUCCAUCCCUGUUUUAUCCCCUUCAGGGCAUGUGGGACCAUUUGUUCUGAAUCUUGUGCUCCUACAUUGCAGACCUUGGAAGUACUAGAACUGUGGUAGUGCCUAAGGUGUCUUUAAAUAUUUAUAACCUGUUUUCCGUCCAAACAUCUCAAGGUGUCAUACAAUAAAAUCAAUUUAAGGCAAUAAAUCACAAUGCCAGUAUAAGCUUGCGCAGGGCACAUGCUCUCAGCCACAGGGGAAGACAGUGGCAAAUCUCCUCUAAACACACCUUGCCAAGAAAACCCCAUGAUAAAUUUACUUUAGGGUUGCCAUAAUUUGGAAAUGACUUGAAGGCACACAACAACAACAAACAAUUUUAAAAGACCAAUGCUAUAUUUCCAAGCUCUGUCUCAUUUUUUAAAACUGCCUGUUUUAUUAUCCCCCGAAUUGGGCUUUGAACCCAAGGGUGAUAAUUCCAGGAGGCCAAUCAUGAACCUGGAUUUUAGGAGAAAUAAAAAUUCUCCCCCAGAGUCCCAAGCGGUUGUUGGCCCAUCUUCCUCUCCUCUUUUCCAAAACCCUCAGUAUUCAAAGCAGGGCCAAGCCUGGGCCCCUUUGCAGCUCUCCGUCAGCUGGGACUGCGCUGUGGAUGCCACACGGGUUUGCGUGGAUUACAGCUACAACGGGGAAGCCCUCGGCACAGCGGUCACCCUCUCCAACGUCCAGAUCCUCCUGCCGAUUGAGGAGCCUGCUGCCAACGUCCAGCCCCAGCCCAAGGCAUGCUGGAACCUGGAAGAGAAACGUUUGUUGUGGCAACUCCUGGAUGUCCCUGGCACCCAAGGCCGUGGAGGAUCUGGCCGCCUACUAGCCAGCUGGGAGCCCCUAAAUGGUCCCAGUAAGCCAAGUCCAGUGGCCGCCCAGUUCACCAGCGAGGGGAGCACGGUUUCGGGAGCGGAUGUGGAGCUGGUUGGCAGCGGCUAUCGGAUGUCGCUGGUGAAGAAGAGGUUUGCCACAGGGAUUUACAUUGCUGGCUCAUGAACAACCCAUGAUCCUACUGCUGCUGUUUUUCGGGGGCCAGGGGGGUUGUUUUAGUUUUUAAAGUGUUCUGGAAAAUGGAGAAAAUAUAUUUGUGUGUUCUUAAAUUAUUAUUAUUAUUGUUAAUUAUUGUUAUUAUUAUUGGCCUGGAUUUAAAAAAAAAACACUGGAAAGAAUAAGCAAGGCAAGGACUUUUGGAUGCUGAAGAAUCCAACCAAGGGGAAAAGGAGGCAGCUGUGAAUUGCACUGGAGGAUAACCUUCCCUUCUCUUCUCCCUGCCACCUUUUUUUAUUCUUUUAAAAAACUGACUUUCUCAACCUGUCUGUUCCUAAAUUAUUAUUGCUCCGGUUGCCCCUCUUUCUUUGGAAGCCGUUGCCUCCUGCUGCUAGGGCCUCUCUGGGCCUUUGGGAACCUUGUUGCUCUUUUAAUAAAAACACUUGGUUUUUCUAAUUAAAAGGACACAAAAAGCAAA